AUGGGCUCCGCCUUCGACCGGCUGGGGGAGGAUGAACUGCUGACUGCCACAGCGAGCAGCAGCAUCGUCCUGGCACUGCAUGGGUGGUUCGGAUGACUCGCUCCUCUGGCCGCCAAUCUGCACUUCUGUGGCGUCCAUUUUCUGGCCUGCCACCCGAGCCCACUGCCCUCCCCCUCGCCCCGCCUGGCGUCCCCUCGCCAAUGUUUGUCAGCCAUUUCACGGUGAGUGGGCUCGUCUGUGGCACGCUUGCUGGGUGGCCGAAAGAGAACACUCCCCGCUCACGCUCUUUGGCCGUGGGCAAUCCACUCACAAACGCUUGGAAGGUGUUCCAGUGUGUCGAGGAGGUGGAGGAGGUUGAGACGAUGGAUGUGGAUCCUGAGACUGGGAUCUACCGGAUUGCAGUGUUCAACGUCCAGGAGGGAGACACUGAGGAGACUGCCUACAUUUUACAGUACAGUUCCGGUUCAGAAAGCUGGGUGGCCGGGGAAUCCCCGAGCAAUGUAUGGAAUUUUGGCUACAACCACUAUGACCUCGACGCCAUGGCAUGGAGUCGUCCGUUGGUGCGUACGAAUCCAUUAGGCGACUGGGAUGGGAGGAUUCUGGAGCUUGAGGAUGGCUGCUUCAGCUGGCCUAUCCGGGGUUUUAUGUACAAAGGCCGGAGGAUUUUAGUGGUUCACAGGGAGGGAAGUAAGGGUGGUUUCCGGAGAGUUGCUUUGAGCGUGUUGGAGAAAGGCGAGGAACCUGAUAAGUGGCUGGCACUCUACCAUGGUUGCAUCCGAGAAAUACUUGGAGAAACCAUUGGCGACAAGUGGCCACUUGGUGAUGUCGACUGUCCCAAUGAAAACUGGAUGGCUCAUUUAGCAGGUGAUGUGAUUGUGGUCUCCAGCCGCAUGUAUCCUCUGUUAGCGUUUCAUCUGGUGGAGAAGAAGUGGGAGUGUUCUAGCCACUCGGACGAGGAGCUCUCAUACUUGGCAAAAAAACGCUUUCCAGACGUUCGGGCCUAUACAUUUACUCCCAGCUUCACAGCACGGCCAUGAAUCCCGAAACUGGAAUGUGAAUAUUACGUGUGAGCAAAGAAGCAAGGUUAAAAGAACAAAUUAUAUUUCAGGUCAGAUUUAUGUUGCCUUUCGCUAAGUAGUUCGUAUUUAUGUUGCCCUUAGCUAAGUUGGAACUGGAAUAAGUUCCAAGUUGUGUGUUAGAUUUUAGAUUUCCAUUCACGCUAUGGCAGUGGAACCGUUUGUACGGUGGAAUUGAAAACUAAUAAGCUUUACUUC